AUGGCUUGGGACCACCUGUCUAUCACCAAGCCGCACCUGGUCUACAUCAUCCUCGGUGGCUUCACCUCCCUGUUCAUGCUCUGCUCCUCCGUCAUCAAGGAGCGUGCAUACAUUGGCGAGGCUACGGUGGCCACCCUGUGCGGCGUCAUCUUCGGGCCUCACGCCGCCAACCUGAUCAACCCCAUGUCGUGGGGCAAUGCAGACAUCACCACCAUCGAGUUCUCCCGCCUGGUCCUCGUCGUGCAGUGCUUCGCCGUGGGUGUCGAGCUGCCCAAGUUCUACAUGGAGAAGCACUGGAAGUCGGUCGUCUUCCUGCUCGUGCCCGUCAUGACCUAUGGCUGGCUCAUCACCAGCCUCGUCGUCUGGUGGAUGGUCCCGCCCCUGAGCUGGCUGCAGAGCCUGGUCGUCGCCGCCUGCGUUACCGCCACCGAUCCCGUCCUGGCAUCCUCGGUCGUCGGCAAGGGCAAGUUCGCUAAGCGCGUGCCCAAGCACUUGAGGGAUCUCUUGUCCGCCGAGUCUGGCUGCAACGACGGCAUGGCCUUUCCUUUCGUCUACCUCUCGCUGUACCUGAUCCAGGACAAACUGUCAGCCAAGGAGGUCACGUACCACUGGAUCUGUUUUACCAUCCUCUACGAGUGCAUCUUUGGCGCAGUCUACGGCUUCAUGAUUGGCUAUCUUGCCAGACACGGUAUCAAGUAUGCCGAGAAGCGCGACCUCAUCGACCGCGAGAGCUUUCUCGUCUUUUAUUUCGUGCUGGCCCUCUGGUGUGCAGGGUCAGGAAGCAUCCUCGGCGUCGACGACCUGCUCGUAGGCUUCGCGUGCGGCGUGGGGUUCUCCAACGAUGGUUGGUUUACGAACAAGACCGAGGAGUCCCACGUCUCCAACGUGAUCGACCUGCUGCUCAACCUGGCCUACUUUGUCUACUUUGGCACCAUCAUUCCCUGGGAGCAGUACAACAACUCGGACCUCGGGCUCACGGCCUGGAAGCUUGUCAUCAUCGCCCUCUUUGUCAUCUUCUUCCGCCGCAUUCCCAUCAUGAUGGCCCUAAAACCUUUGAUCCCUGACAUCAAGACCUGGCGCGAGGCCUUGUUUGCCGGCCACUUCGGCCCUAUUGGUGUCGGUGCCAUCUUUGUGGCCAUGCUGGCCCGAGGAGAGCUAGAGCACAACGACCCCGUGCCCGAGGGAACUGUGCCGACGGACCCGAGCCAGCCCAACUACGUCCUGUACACGCUGGUCUGGCCUAUUGUCACCUUUAUGGUCAUCUCGUCCAUCAUCGUCCACGGCUCUUCAGUAGCGGUCUUCACACUUGGCAAGCGCAUCAACACCCUGACCAUCACCAUGUCCUACACGACAGCACCCGAGGACGGCCCCACCUGGAUGAACCGGCUCCCGAGGAUCUCGUCGCAGUCUAGAUCACAGGCAAAGACCAUGUCAGAUACGGACGGGGAUGAUCUCAAGAUGCCCGAAUACCCCCCAGGUACUCUCCCGCCCGUUGGCUACCCAGGCAACUUCCUGAGGCGUGUAAGGGAGGAGGAUCAGCCCAGCAAGCAGGGGAGCCGCGCGUCCUCCAUUGUCAGCCGCCGGCGGAGGAAGAAGUGGGAUGAUGGAGUCGGCCCUGGUGGUCCAGUCAGCCAGUCGGCCAUCUUCCCACAGAGACGAAGCCAGAGCGAGCUGACCUCGAUGUCGCCGCGAGACAGUCAGUCGCCAACGGAUGAAAAGAAUGCGUCAUUCCCCGAUGCCAGAAGGAUCUCAGCCCCAGAGGACCCCGAGAAGCGCGCAGCACCCAUCGAGGUAUACGACGAGGGUGACCACAUCAUCGUCGAGAACGAGGACGGCGAUGUGGUGGCAAUGGAGGCCUCGGACGAGCACCGCCAGGAGCACCACCUCGAAGACCUGAAGCAGAAGCUCAAGAUGGAAGGCGGCACAUCGCAGUGGACCUAUGACGGGCUGAAAAAGCGACUGGGCCACUGGCGCGACGAGGAGAUGCAGAAGCGCAAGGAGAAGCAGAUGUCGGACCGUAGACACGAGCCUGCCCGCGCUUACCAGUUCGGCAAUACCAUAAUUGUCGAGGACGAGGACGGCGAGGUCGUCAAGAAAUACGAGCUGCCGCCGCCGCAGAGGCACGAGGGCCAACCGAGCCAGCUGACACAGGGGCUGAAGUACAUGGGUAUGGGCGGGCUGGUGAAGCCCAAACCAGGCGAGUCGUCGGGAGGCGGCGGCGGCGGCGCAGCAGGCGGAGGAGACGAGGGGAGACCCAAGAUGACGAACACAGCUGGCAGGAGGCCUACCUGGGUGGAAACCCUCAGCGGGCGUGCCGGAGCUGCUGCUGCUUCUGCGGGUGGUGAAGGCGCCGCGCAGAAGCCGGCCAAGAAGAAGAACCUGGCUGAGGCGCAGCAGAAUGAUGAUCGACACAUCCGCUUCACCAUCGGCGGCGUUGGCCAGCGCAUGACAAAGGAGGACUUCAUCAGGGAGAUGCAGAAGCUUGACUCGCGCACGCGGAGGGAGAUUGUGGACCAGUCCAACGCGCCCGAGAGGGUCAAGACGCUCGCCAAGGAGGACCCGCCACCCGGAGCACCGGUCGAAGAGGCAGCCGUGCCAAAGUCCGUUCGCGGAAAGACCAUCUCCGCACCGCGACCCGCCGCCGACGUCCCUUCCAGCCGCGUCGAGGCCGCCCCCGGCUCCAGCUCCUCCUCUGUCGGCAAGAGCCUCAUGCCGCUACUCCAGCGACAGUCUCCCUCCGACAGCUCAGGCGCCCCAUCUUCGGUUACGCAGCGCCAACGUUCCGACAGCGACGACGAGGACGAGGAGGUGGUGGCCCACACCAGUCAUGAUGCGGAUGCCCCGAGCAACGACGUCCCCGAGACGGCCGUCGAGCGGCGCAGGCGGCUGGCUGUACUCGACGGCCUCGAGGGACGGGGCAGCGGAGCUGGAGAAGACACUGAGACACCCGCGGAGAGGCGACGCAGGGAGGCGGCCCUCGGCGUGGGCGGAGGCGCUGGAGGGGACGAGGAGGAUAGUGAUGACGAUGAUACGGUGCGUGUACCGCCGACGCGGAGGGGAAUACGGUUCGCCGAUGUACCAGACAGAGGGCGGAGGUAAAGUAUCCUAUUUCUAUGAUUCAAGAUGUCAAGACUGUACUUUGUGUGCUCUGGUGUGGUGUUCUUUGAUCGGAACUCAAGACAGAUUGAUGGAUGGGAGUUCAUAUGCAUAAAGAGACAGAGAGAGAGACAGACACACACAGACACACAUACACACACACACACACACAGAGAGAGAGAGAGAGAGAGAGAGAGAAGAGAUCCUAAAACUUGCAGUUAUCACGAAAGGUAGGAAGGCUCGAAUAAUCACGUUGACGUUUGCAUAGCCUGGUGGCUUCAUGGUACUCAAUUUUUAUUUUUAUUUUUUGGU